AUGACGAGUCGACUGUAUGACAGCAUAGAACCCAACGUCAUUGAUGAAGACAUGCUUCAGAAAGCUGUGGAGGAGCAAGGACCCAAGGAAGAAGCUGGCCAACUGGCAAAAAAAGAAGGGAUUAAUUUUAAAGAUGUAAAGGAACUGCAGCUCGAUUUUAGAAAUAUUCUGAAGAUCGACAAUCUCUGGCAGUUUGUGAACUUGACCAAAUUACAGCUGGACAAUAACAUCAUUGAGAAGAUAGAGGCCCUGGAUGGUCUGGUUCACCUGGUCUGGCUGGAUUUGUCCUUUAACAAUAUUGAAGUCAUUGAGGGCCUCGAAGCACUGGUGAAAUUGCAGGAUCUCAGUUUGUACAAUAACAGGAUUUCCAAGAUUGAGAAUCUAGACACACUACAGGAACUUCAGGUCUUCUCUAUAGGAAACAAUAAUAUAACCUCUCUGGAAAAUAUGAUCUAUCUCCGGAAGUUCAAAAACCUACGCACGCUGAACCUCACAGGGAAUCCUGUGUGUGAGAAUGAACACUAUUCCAUGUUCAUUGUUGCCUACCUCCCCGAUCUUGUGUAUCUGGAUUUUAGACUGGUGGACGAUAACACGAGAGAAGUUUCCUUGAUAAAAUACCAGUAUGCCAUUGAGGAGAUGAAGCAAGGGGAAGGCGUGGCGUUGGCCAAGAAAGAGGUGGAGGAUGCCAAGCAAAAGGAACUGGACUACCACAAGUCUGCUUACGUGGAAUAUCUCAAUGGAUCCUUCCUGUAUGACAGCAUGUAUGCCGAAGAUCCUGAAGCUGCCAAACUGGCAUACCUCCCUGGAGUAAAGGACCUGCUAGAGGCCUACAGCACUAAAUUUGUCGCCAUUUGCGAGGCCCUGUUUGAGUAUGGCCUGCAGCAGCACGAGAAGCGGAAAGCUGAAGUGGCCCUCUUCUACGAGUGCCUCAACGAAGCCCUGACGGACAACCAAGAGCAAGGCGCCAAGCUCAUGGAGGCCUUUGAGGAGAGGAAUCUCAAGGCGCUGGAUGUGAUUCAGAGCAUCAGUGACAUCCAGAUUGCAGAGUCCAAACUUGCUGAGUACAACGAGGACAUCAUGAAGCUCUCAGAUAUGCUGAUGACUCUGGAGAUGCAGCUCGUCGACCAGUUAGAGGAAGUCAUAAAAGAUUUUGAAAGGAACAUUUCCGACCUGGUCUCAACAUUUAUAGAAAACGAACAAGGCAUGAUGGCUCAGUGCCGGGAUCUUGAGAAUCACCACCACGAGAAGCUGCUGGAAAUUGCCAUCAACACCCUGGAGAAGAUUGUCAAGAGCGAGCUUGACGAGGAUAUCCCAGAUGAUGUUCGCAUGCUUUUUGUGGACAAAGACACCAUUGUCAAUGCUGUCAACGCCUCACACGAUAUUCACCUCCUGAAGAUCGACAACCGAGAGGAUGAAAUCAUCACCAAAGCCAACGGUUGGGCUUCCACAUUGAUAGAGAAGAUUCACAAAAACGAAGCCGACAGAAACCGAAGCCGCGUCUUGGAAAUCAACCAGUAUAUCGACCACCUCCACAGUGAGCUGGACAACUUGGACAUUCUGGAGGCCUAGCUGGCUCGUGGGGCGGAGCGGCUCCUGCCUUGCCUUGAGACCCCGGCCUUGCCACCCAGGAAGGGAAGGUGCUCAGUCGGCAGGAAACAGCCCUUGCGACUCCCAGAGUACUCCGUUGGAGGGGAUUUCCUCCAGAGACGUUUGAUGCUUAAAAUGCAUACCGGAAUUGUACAGCGGAACUAAAAAGGAGACAGCUGAAA